CUCUGGCGACGCCGCCAUUUUGCUGGGCCCCGCGGUGAUGGUGACGACUCGGCCGCGCCAGAGCGGGUGACGGCUGUGACCCGGAGCUGUGUUGAGUGAUGGCGGAUCAGGGUGACAGGAAGCGCAAGCACAGCUGGGGGGAGAGCAGGGAGCGGAGGGAGAGCAGGGACAGCCGGGAGAGCCGGGGAAGCCGGGAGAGCAGGGAGAGCGCCAGCACCUCCAGGAGAGAGCGCGAUGAGCGAGAGAAGGAAAAACGCAAGCGAAAGAGGAGUCGGAGCAGGAGCCGUUCCUCGUCCGUGUCGUCCUCAUCAUCAUCUGCGUCCUCCUCCUCCGCCUCCUCCGCCUCAUCCUCAUCCACAUCCUCAUCGUCGUCCUCCUCGUGCUCACAGAGCAGCUCUUCCAGUGCUGAAUCCGACAAGAAAAAAAGAAAGAAAAUAAAGAAAGAGAAAAACAGCAAAAAGAAAGAUAAGAAGGACAAGAAGAAGAAGAAAAAGAAGAAGACUAAGAAGCCACACAAGAGCAAGACCGAGGGCGAUGGCGAGGGCCCCGUCCAGCUGUCGAAGUUCUUGAAGCGUAAGAAUAAGAAGUACAGCAUGGUCACGGGGAGGAAGAUCAAGAUGAAGGUGAAGAAGUCAAAAGCUGACAAAGAGCGAGACAGGAAUCGGGCAGAGCUGCUCAAAUUCCUGAACCAAUCCAUUUGAAGGCGGGAAAGUGUCUCUCACGCUCAAGGAGGGUUGGAUCAGUUCAUCUUACAGUCGGGCGCCGCGUCCCUCGUGUGGAGAUGGAGUCACCUCUACGCAGACGGAGCCGCCGCCCGCAAAGGGUGGAACCACUCGUGGAGAGUCUCGAGUUCUGUUCCUGCCGAUCCACGUUCCGUCUGGUGAAAAAGUAAAAAUCCCCACGAUCGGGGAGCACAUGCCCGCCCGUGCGGAGAGAAGAGAGCUCAUUUCACUCUUCCCAUGGUGUGGUGGCGUUUGUUUGGUUGGGACCGCGGGAAAUAAUGUUUAUGUAUUAAAGUUUUUUUAAAGCAACCGGUUCCUCCUUGGCAUCAGUGUCGCGUAAGUCAUCGAGCUCGCUCGACGCGGUGUAAAGCGUUAUCUCCCCCCCGCCCCCCAACCGCACACGCACAAGUGCGGACUGUCGCCAGUUGUAAAUAUGAACUCGUUGUAGUCGAACGCAUCUCGCUGAUCAAGAAGGCCGCUUCCAGUUGUAGGCGGCAAUGGGAAUGUGACGAUUAAAAGCAAAGAAAAAC